AUGGAUAACUCUCAUUCUACUCACUCCACCUCAGCCUAAUUCUUAGAAUUCGUGGAUUUUAAUUAAAUUAAUCAUUAAUUAUUUAUUGGAUGCAAAAAUUCUGUUAAAAUUGAAUUUUAGUAUAUUCUCCUAUUUUUCUGGGGGAGAGUCAAAGUUUGAUUUCUGCACCUUCUAAAUGAAGCUGGUCAUAUGGAGUCAAUGAAGAUGCGGGCCCAGGAAGUCACAAUAUACCAAACACCAUUGGAUCACAGUCUUACAGAUACAGAAAUUCCCCUCUCCCAACAAUUCCAAAAGCAGAAAAAGGCAGUAAAGUCUACUAUUCUCGAUCCCUCAGCAAAGAGUUUUAUGGAGCCCAUUCACCUCCUCUCAAUGCUUAUAGCCCAAAUGUAUCGCUAACAGAAAAAGGUGAAGUUUCAGUUAAAUUUGGCUCAGGAAAGCAAAGGGAUUUGCAGUUUAUUGACUCUUAUAGAGACAGAUCUCCUGGGCCAAUCUACAGGUAUAAAACCUCUAUAAAUCAAGAUACCCACAUUGGAAGCUCUUUUUCAAGAGCUCCAAGAGAUAUUACACCAUCCGCAACUCCAGCUCCAAAUGCUUAUUCCCCAAUACUAGCUCCCCGUUUAAAAAUUGAAACAAAAUAUCAUUAAUUCUUUUUUUUUUGAGAAAUUAACCCCAUUAUAUUUUUUAUUUGAAUGGCUUUAAAGUGUGGGGUAAGAUCUCAUGACUCUUAUGCUACUAUAAAAGGAACAUAUUCACCCGAUAAGGUUUACGCAAGAAAUUACGAAAGAUACUUAAAAGGACGGAUAAGUCCUGGACCUAAAUACAACGUAAGCGAUACCAAAAUUUUAAAAAACACCUACAUGUCAAAAGUAGGCAGAGAAGCCUACGAAAGUAACUAAUAUUUAGUAAAGCGCGAAUUGCCAGGUCCUGGGACUUAUUUCGCUGAACCUGACCUCCACAACAAGUCCAAAUCAGUCUCUUUCGGAACAGGGACUCGGAGUGUCGACGUGCGAAACUGUACUUUUUACAUAGAUGGGAGGUCUGACGAGAUGUACCGAUUUUAG